AUGGCCACCAACAAAAUAACUCUUGUGGAGCAACUAGAUGCAUCAAAGGAUUUCAUAAACAUGAAAGUUAAGAUAAUCCGCCGAUGGAUUAAUCAAAUUCAAAGGCUUGAGAUGGUGUUGGGUGCAAAGAUUCAAUGUACUAUCAAGAAGGACUUGGUUCCUAUGUUUGAUGAAUUGAUCAAGGAAGAUGCUGCUGUGAUUAUCAAGAGAUUUGGUGUUGGAAAAAACGAUGACCCCUUCAAUGUCGUCCAACAUAAGCUAAAGUGUAACUUUUACAAAACUACUGAAGUGCAACAUGGUGUGCCUUUUACAUACAGUGGCUAUGGUUUCUCAUUCUUGCCUUUCAAUGAGACUACUGUGACUAAGGCUAGAGAUAAAGAUGUCCUCAACAUUGAUGUCAUUGGUUGUGUAAGUUGGUGUGGAAAUCUUGAGGUGUUCAAGUCAGCAACUCAAACAAGCAAGAGGUUCAACAUGGAGUUGAAAGAUUUUGGUAGAACCCAGCAUUGCACUUUGUGGAAUGAUUAUGCAGUUCAGUUUAAUGCGUUUCUGGAGCAGAACAAAUCUGAAGAGCAUGUCAUUGCCAUCAUGCAACAUGCUCUUAUUAAUGAAUGGAAGGAAAACUUGACAGUUCAAACUGAUAAAUUUGGUACAAGAAUUUUUAUAAGUGAAGAUAUCCAAGAGGCUAAUGACUUUAGGAGGAGGUUGAUACUUAAGGAAGGAGUUAAUGAAGUUUCCCAUACAACUUUAGCUUCAGAGACUGUUUACCCAAAUCGCUUAGAGUUUAUCCUAAAUACCGAUAAGAAACAGUUGGAUGAAGUGAGAGAUUCUGAAGAGAUUGGAGACUUUGUGGUGGUGGCCACAAUCGCUAUGCUUGAGCAAGAGUUUGGAUGGUUUUUUAUUGGUUGCCGCAAAGAUGGUUAA